GUUGCUAGAGUGAGUACGCGUUAUCAAGCUGAUGAUUCAUUAUUUUAGCUUGACGUGUUGGACUUUUUGAUUGUCUUUUAUAUAAGCAGGUAUGCUCUUCCCAAAACAGCACAUCCACGAGCGGAGGAAUAUACAACUUCAUAUCCGCAUUUGCCAGGAUACCGUUUAUGCAAUUUCAAUAAAAUCAUAAUUAAACAAAUGGCCCGUCGCUUUACGAGCCGAUACACGCCUACAGCAUAGAAGGAUAACGCGGAACAUAUACGGCCGAAGCAUUAAUGCAGUAUGUGCAGAAUGGACUACAGCGCCGGCGCCUAUUCGGACCAAGUUUAGCCGGUAAAAGAGAAAAAAGGCGGGGAAGAUGAAGAAGUUAAGAGCGAAAUACUCAUCUUUCUUCUCCAUCAUCAACAUCAUCAACCACAAGCUUGUUCAUCAUGUCCUCCUCCAAACAACAAGUCAACUUCGACUUAACUGUCGGUCAUCAAGAUCCAGAUCAAGCAGUCAACUGGAAUCGUCGUGAUUUACUGUUGUACGCUGUUGGUAUCGGACAUGGAGAGAGAGAACUAGAUUAUACCUAUGAACAAUCUCUUGGAUUUAGAGCAUUUCCCACUUAUCCCGUCGUUUUGGCAUUAAAGGGCACACAUCAAGAUACAAAUGUGUUCUCUGAAAUGAUUGGCUCACGCGGUGCAAUGCCGGGAAUGCCAAACUUGGAUCCAAACACAAUCGUACAUGGCGAACAAAGUAUUGAAGUGUUACACGAAAUCCCGCUCAUCUCUGGAGAUGGAUGGAAAAUUCGUAAACGUGUCGUUGCUGUUCAUGAUAAGGGUUCAGGUUUGAUCAUGGAACAAGAAGCAAAAUUGGUCAGUCCAGUAGGACGUGUACAUGCCAUCACAAGAGGAGCAACAUUCUAUCGUGGUGGUGGUCAAGGAACAGGUUAUUCCAAAGAUCUUUCACCUAAACCACAAGGAGCAAAACUUCCAGAAGGUAAAUCUGCUUCUUUUACAUUACGCGAAAAGAUUUCUUAUAAUCAAGCAGCUCUUUAUCGUUUAUCGGGUGAUUAUAAUCCUUUGCAUAUCGAUCCUUCUAUCGGUCAAAAAGGUGGCUUGGGCGGUACGAUCUUACAUGGUUUAUGCAGUUAUGGAUUUGCUGCUCGUGCGAUCUUGCGUGCCGUCGUUCCAACUGAUGGUGAACAAGGUAAACCUGCUGCUCAAUUACGCUUCAUGUCUGCACGUUUCACAUCUCCCGUCAAGAUGGGACAAGAAUUGGAAACUUCCGUUUGGAUCGUUGGAGAACGUGAUGGAUUCACAGAAGUUGCGUUUGAACAACAAAUCGUUGGCGGUAAGAAGAGCUUGGGUGCAGGAUUUGCACUUGUUCGAAAGGUGCCAAACGUCACUCAAGGUAAGCUCUGAUUUGUGUAUAUGAUGAAAGACUUUUCCAGAAUUGUCACAAAGAAGAAAAGGUACUGUACAUAAAAUGAAUGCUAUAUUUGCUCUUUUGAUGAAACGUCAGCUCGCGUCUGCUAUACGAUCACAAUGCUUCCUUGCAUUUGCAAAGCAGGGUGAGCCGUCCCAGGUGAAGAUUACGUUGUAGAUCCGCUAUGUGAAGCUUCCUCCGACGGCGGCAUUGAAUCGUCAGAUCGUAAUGGGAUCUUCUUUGAGCCUAUGCCCAUUCUACCUACACGGCCUCCUUUGGUUUUACUGGCUGCACCUAGUAUCUUGGUUGAGGGAAGUUGAGAAGCUUCUUUGAUUUCUUUGGCAGAUCUUCUCACAGAUUUCGGUGUCGCCUUUUGUUUUAGUGACCUUCGCUUUUGCUUUUGUUCUG